AUGAGAGACAGCCAGUGCAAAUGGUUGGAGCUGGAAGAUGGAAAGUCUUGUGCAAAGAACAGCAAGCAGGCCAGUGUAGCUGAGAAUCAUGGACUACUGUGUCCACAGCGGGCGCUGCUACUCCUGGGGAUGCUGGGCACCGAGUCCUACCGGCCGCUGUCCCUACCCAAGCCGGAGCUGCAGCACCGGCAGCAGGCUGCACCCAUGGCCGGCGGAGGGGGAGGUCUCAGAAAGGUUGUGCAAGUCUACAGCAGCUGCGUGAGGAUCCCUAGGAUUUACUGCUUCGGGAUUAGAUUAGUUUGGCCAACUGGGGAGUGGUCUGGGUAUUCCUGUGCAGGCGCCGUCCACAAGCCGGCGGGUCCUUAUUCUCUUUCUGUUCAGAGACCCGUAAAGGUUGGCGAGCUGUUGCUUGGCUCCACUGCCAAGAUUCUGGCAGGGAUGGAUUUAUCCUUUUGGGAGGGGCAGGGCUCAGUGGACCCACAGCUGCAGAAUUUCAUCAAGGCAGAAGCUCAGAGGCAGCGGUUCCAGCAGCUGGUCCACCAAAUGACUGAAAUGUGUUGGGAAAAGUGUAUGGAUAAGCCGGGACCAAGGUGGACAGUAGGACAGAAUCCUGUUUCGUGAACUGUGUUGAGCGCUUUCUUGACACUAGUCAGUUCAUCUUGAACCGAUUGGAGCACCAGCAGAAAUCCAAGCCAGGCUGUUCAGAGAACCUGCCUGUCUGAUCUCACUCAGUCCUACUGUCUCUGAACCUUUGAUAAAGAAAACUGUAAUUCAAAAU